UGGCAACGCUGCGCCGGACCAGAGCGCCAUUUGCUACGACGAGCAGGAGGUCGUCGCGGAGUUUCUCGCUGUUUACUCCAUUCUCUAUACGGACUGAAGAUGUAAACUGUCUGGCGCUUCAUUACAACGGCUAUUUAGGAGUUUCUUUGGAGAAUGGAAACUGGCCAUGAUCUGGAACUGAAUUAAAAGAAGGGCUUGUUUCAUGGAAUACUUCAAAAGUUGCUAAGGUGCUCUUUCUCUCCUCAUUAUUUGAUUUACAAUUUUUAGUCUUUUUGCUACUUGAUUUUAGUCCUUGCUAUGUCUACCCUAGGUAGGAGUAGGUGUAAAAGAAGCAUGAGUUGCUUAGGGCAGGGGCUAACCUGCAGAGGUGGGUUUUAAGAUGGAAUGGAAUUUCAUGUAAACCCGAAAUUGUCAGGCAUGGACGAUCAACUUCCCCUCUAUUUUUGGACCAAGCAAGCACAGCAGUUCCAGGCACAGCAGUUGCAAGCCCAGCAGAUACAGGCACAGCAACUGCAAGUGGAACAAGUGCAACAAGUCCAACAGGUCCAACAAGUACAACAAGUGCAGCAGUUACAGCAAGUUCACACAGAGCCAACUGAUGGUAAAUAUACUUGUCUAGAAUGUGGAAAGACAUUCUCCAAGCGAAGCAGCUUUGAGUAUCACAAGAAGACCCACACAGGUGAAAAGCCUUUCAGCUGUGGCAUUUGUGGGAAAGCUUUUGCAAACAAUCGCAACCUUGUGGUUCAUACAAGGAUUCAUACAGGAGAAAGACCUUAUGAGUGCUCAGAAUGUGGGAAAACAUUUACACAAAGAAGUAUGUUAACUGUCCAUCUGAGAAUUCACACUGGAGAAAGACCAUAUCUUUGCAAUGAGUGUGGGAAAUCUUUCUACCAAAGUGAUCACUUAACAAAGCAUAGCAGAAUCCACACAGGGGAAAAACCAUACUCUUGUGAAGAGUGUGGAAAGGCAUUUUCGGAUAGUAGUGCUUUAAGACAACAUAUAAAGAGGCAUCAAGAAGUAGGACCUUUUAGAUGUGAGUACUGUGAAGAGCUUUUUGAUAAAAAAGUUUCAUAUGAUGUACAUAUGAUGGAGCACAAAGGGAUUAAGCCAGAAGAGUGUGAUGUUUGUGGAAAGCAGUUCCCUACCAAAGGUCUUCUUACAAAUCAUCGAAGAACUCAUUUCAAAGAAAAAGCAUUUAGAUGUGAACUUUGUGACGAAGAAUUUAUGAGAUUAGUGACUUUAAAGAAACAUGUGAAAUAUGCACAUGGCCAUGGUACUUCUGGACGUGUUCCACCAAUCUAUGAUGACAGACCAACAAGAAAGCCAUAUGGAGAAUCAAAACCUUUUAAGUGUGAUGAAUGUGACAUGACAUUUACAACAAAUGGUAAAUUCUUGGCCCACCAGCACACCCAUCGGCCAAAUAAACAGUUCAAGUGUGAUGAUUGUGGUAUGUGUUUUGCAAAAAGUUAUACUUUAGAAGUUCACAGACAGAUGCAUGCCAGUGCUCCCCAAGUAAUUCAGAAUGGACCAAUCCCAAUCAAUGCAAUGACUUCCAUUGGAUCUAUAACUCCAGUGUUGAGUGUGCCAGCUUCAGUGACAGUGCCACAGACAUCAAAUAAAGUUACAGCAUACGUCAAAGUUCCACAGCGCCCAGUUGCUGUUAAGCGAGAGCCUCGCUAUGACGAUCCUCUUGCCAUGGCUACUGCUGCUGCCCAGGUGACACCAGAUCUUGUAGAAAGUCUCACAGUGCCUGAACAGCAUCAAUCAUACAAUUAUGUUUAUUCAGCCCAGGGUAAAACUAUGUAUACAAACAAGUUCCGUAAACUUCCUGUGACCUUAGAGAUAAAAACCAGCAAAAUGUCAUUGCCACAGCAAGUCAGUGUCCCGUCAAUGUCUGUGGCUGUGACAGUUUCUGUGGCUGUCCCAGGCGUCCAUGUUUCAGUUCCAGCCAUCAACAUAGAGGAAAAGGAUGAUCACAUGAAUGUUUACCUCUGGAAUAAGUCACAGCAGACACAAGAUGCCAAAACCCAAGGAAGUGACGGCAAAUAUGAAUGUAGUGUAUGUGGGAAGGCCUAUUCCCAGAGGAGCAGCUUUGAGUACCACAAGAAAACCCACAGUGGUGAAAAACCAUAUCACUGCAGCACUUGUGGGAAAUCAUUUCUCAACAAGAGCAGUUUAGUUGUACACAAUCGCAUUCACACUGGAGAGAGACCAUUUAGGUGUGAUGACUGUGGCCGUGGAUUUACUCAACGCAGUAUGCUGACAGUCCAUCGAAGAAUUCACACAGGUGAGAGACCUUAUUCAUGUUCAGAGUGUGGGAAAGCUUUUUACCAGAGUGAUCAUCUUACAAAACAUAAAAGAAUACAUACAGGAGAAAAACCUUAUCUUUGUGGAGAAUGUGGAAUGGCUUUCUCAGAUAGCAGUGGAUUAAGACAGCAUGUGAAACGGCAUACAGAGAUGGGUCCAUGGCGGUGUGAGAAGUGUGAUAUAGUGUAUGAAAAACGUACACCUUAUGACCUUCAUAUGAUGCAGCACCGUGGAGAGAAGCCUCUUGAAUGUGAUGUUUGUGGUAAACUUUUUCAGUAUCGAUCUACUCUUGAUCUCCAUAGAAAAACACAUUUUAAGGAAAAGGUUUUUAAAUGUGAUGUUUGUGGUGAAGAAUUUACUGGUAAAGUUUUACUGAGAAAGCAUCUAAAACAUGUACAUACAGAACGAUACUAUGCCAGACGCCUUGUUGGCUGGAAUGGGGAUAACAAGUCGUCCAAACAACAGGGUGACACCAAACCUCUUAGAUGCGACCAGUGUGGUUUACUUUUUAAGGACAAUGGUAAAUUCUUGCUUCAUCAAAAAGUUCAUUGUCUUGAAAAAAGUUUCAAGUGUGAUGUUUGUGGUCUGGCAUUUGCUAAGAGUUACACACUGGAAGUUCAUAAGCAGAUGCAUCCACAUAUAUCUCCUCUUGUCAAUGCUACCAUGUUAACUGAAGUGCCAUGCCAAGAACUACAAGGAGCACCUGCAUCUGAGAUGACACUAACUCCUCUGUACCCUGCAGCCCAAGAACCUUCCAUUGUGACCCAAGAGAUCACACACAUCCCAACAGGUCAAGUAGUUAUUCCUAGCACCAGCAAGUUCCAGUCCUUCGUGAAAGUGCCCAUAAAAUCCCCAGCCAGCAAGGGCAAGCGAACUAAACCAUGGUAGUUUUUAAUUCACUUGUGAUAUCAGCGAAUGACUGAGGUUGGUAUCCUUGUUUGACUUUGGCUCCGCCUCUUUUUUGCCUUUCUUUCAUGAGUUAUGUGAAUCCUGUCAGAUUUCCUAUUCCUUUAGUACCUCUUGUCCAGUGAUUAAACUAUAAUUGCAAUUAUUGGAUUGAUCUGUGAUAAUACUUAAAAGAAAUUCAUAUUUGUUAUAAUUUUAUUGCAUAAAUUUGAGGGAACCUCAUAAAAAUGAAUGACUGUUUUUAUUGAUUAUAAUUUUUAUUUCCAAUUGUUAUUUAAUUAAAACAGUAUAAGAUGUAUAUAUGACAUUAUACCCUGCAGUUUAGUAUCUUCUAAAUGAUAUGCAAUUAUUAUAUAUAUUAUACUGACUAUAAAAAUGUGCAAUGAAUUCGCCAGUGAAAGGCCCUUUGGAUAUGACUGAUAUUGUGCCUAUUUCCUUUCUCUUCGUCUUAUGAAACAUAAGCAGGUUGGAAUAGGUAUGAAAAUUAUAAAUUAACAUCUGUGUAUGUAACAUAAGAUCAUUGCAGAUUUCAUGAAAUUCACAUUUCAUAAUAGACCAUUUGCAUUUAAUAAAAGCUGUAUAUUAUAUGAACUACAGAAAUUAAGUUCAGUGUAUAUAGUAAAUUCCUGAUAUUUUCCAUAGAGAUGAAAAAUUUAUUAAAUCUGUUUUAUAUGCAUUUUACUUUUGCCUUUGCAAAUUAAGAUAUUCUUUGAUAUAGUAGAGUGUUAUAUUUGUUUCUAAUGUAUGUGUGCAUAUGUUCAUAUGGUCUCAAGCAAGAGUCCAAUACAGUUGAGUGAGUGCCAGCAUGCCAAUUUAAUUGUGUGUGAAAAGGUAACUUCUUUAUAUCCUUAGAACUUAAAUGGUGCUAUGCAUCUACAGUACAUGAAAGGAUCUUAUACAGUAUAUGUUCUUUAUGAAUAGACUGAAAUAAAAGAUAUUUAUUAA